AUGCACACCAAACCUCAGGGUCAUAAUCUGCCAUCUACCAAAGGACUACAGCUGAACACACCUCGAGGUCAUAGUCUCAUAUCUACCAAAGGACUACAGCUGAACACACCUCAGGGUCAUAAUCUCCCAUCUGCCAAAGGACUACAGCUGAACACACCUCAGGGUCAUAAUCUCCCAUCUGCCAAAGGACUACAGCUGAACACACCUCAGGGUCAUAAUCUCCCAUCUACCAAAGGACUACAGCUGAACAGACCUCAGGGUCAUAAUCUCCCAUCUACCAAAGGACUACAGCUGAACACACCUCAGGGCCAUAAUCUCCCAUCUACCAAAGGACUACAGCUGAACACAUCUCAAGGUCAUAAUCUCCCAUCUACCAAAGGACUACAGCUGAACACACCUCAAGGUCAUAAUCUCACAUCUAUCAAAGGACUACAGCUGAACACACCUCAAGGUCAUAAUCUCCCAUCUACCAAAGGACUACAGCUGAACACACCUCAGGGUCAUAAUCUCACAUCUAUCAAAGGACUACAGCUGAACACACCUCAAGGUCAUAAUCUCUCAUCUACCAAAAGACUACAGCUGAACACACCUCAGGGUCAUAAUCUCACAUCUAUCAAAGGACUACAGCUGAACACACCUCAAGGUCAUAAUCUCUCAUCUACCAAAAGACUACAGCUGAACACACCUCAGGGUCAUAAUCUACCAAAGGACUACACCCUAUACACCUCACCUCAGGGUCAUAAUCUACCAAAAGACUAUACCCUAUACACCUCACCUCAGGGUCAUAAUCUCCCUUAUACCAAAGAACUACACCCUAUACACCUCACCUCAGGGUCAUAA